UGUGAAAUACACUCAGCUGCAUUGAAGUUGAUCAGCUCAUAACUGGCGAAAACAACGAGUUUGGGUGUUUGCACAUUUCUGAGGCACUUCUUCUGAGUCUGUUGGGUUCAAAGCCAGAUGAUAAACAGUUUCUAGUUUUAAAAUGAACUAGUUUAAGAAGGAUCGUUUUCGCACCAGAGAAAUGUGUGGAUGACGAAGGGACGCAGAGAGAGUUUCUCGCCUUAAAGCUACAGGUUUUUUGUAAUGACUGGUUAAUGCGUGCAUAAUGGAAUCAAAGGUUUUAUAUGACUUCACGGCAGAGCCUGGUAAUAAUGAGCUGUCGGUUCGAGAGGGUGAGACCAUCACAAUUACAAAUCAGAACAUUGGUGGAGGAUGGAUCGAGGCACGGAACUCCAGAGGAGAGGUCGGAUUGGUACCAGAGGACUAUUUAGACACCAGCCAGGCUCAGCCUUUAACCUCUGGAGGAAAUGCUGCCCCCCUCGACUUCUCAAUCUUCGACAGUCACAUGCCAACUUCAGCCAGUAAUGCACAGGUGGAUGUAACUCAACCGGAAAUCCCAGUAGCCCCAGUUACCCCGGAGGUCUUCUCCUCCACCUCCCCUGAUGAGACGAGUAACGGUAAUGACCCGUGGGCAGCUUUUGAUAAUAAUCCCUCUGGCGGGUUUUCGAAUAACUGGGCAGCUCAGCCCGAGGGCACAGAGACAGGCAAAAGCACCAGCAAUGCAUGGCAAUCAGGGGGACACGGGCACCCACAGGCCUACCAGGGUCCAGGUGCAGAAGAUGACGAUUGGGAUGAGGAAUGGGAUGACGUGAAGUCAUCGGGAGGUUACGCUGAAUCUGAGGCUGGAGAGGGCGGGGCUAUCAACAGAGGCGGAGCUCAUGGCUCGUCUAUGAAAAUUGCCCUCAAUAAAUUCCCUGGCUUUUCGAAAUCAGGUCCUGAGGUGUACCUCCUGUCCAAACAGACCACUAAAGGAACCAAGUUGCCCGUUUAUAGAGGAGAAGUUGGGCCAGUGUGGGCGUAUCCAGAAGUUCAGUUGGACUGUGUUGUCGCUGACCCUAAAAAGGGCUCGAAAAUGUAUGGCCUCAAGAGUUACAUUGAAUACCAAGUCACCCCAACCACCACAAACAAGCCCGUCAAUCACAGAUACAAGCAUUUCGAUUGGUUGUAUGAAAGGCUUUUGGAUAAAUUUGGCUCAGCGAUCCCAAUUCCUUCCUUACCUGACAAGCAAGUGACUGGGCGAUUUGAGGAGGAGUUUAUUAAAAUGCGUAUGGAGAGACUUCAGGGCUGGAUGUCGCGAAUGUGUCGGCAUCCGGUUGUCUCCUGCAGUGAGGUCUUCCAGCUCUUUCUCACCUAUAGAGAUGAGAAGGAUUGGAAAAUGGGUAAGAGAAAAGCAGAAAAAGAUGAGAAUGUUGGUGUUAUGAUCUUCUCUUCGAUAGAGUCUGAGGGACUACCAGACCUGGACCUGAUUGAAGUUGAGCAGAAGUGUGAGCAGUUCAGCCGUUUCACCAAGGCGAUGGACGACGGUGUCAAAGACUUACUGACCAUAGGAAACGAACACUGGAAACGCUGUACAGGCCCCCUGCCAAAGGAAUAUCAGCGGAUAGGCAAAUCAUUUCAGAACCUUUCUUCAGUGUUCAUCAGCAGUGGAUAUGAAGGGGAGGCUGCACUCACCGAUGCGUUGACAGCAGCAGGAAAGACCUAUGAGGAGAUCGCUCAGAUGGUAGCAGAACAGCCCAAGAAAGACCUUCACUUCCUCAUGGAAACCAACAAUGAGUACAAAGGUCUACUCGGAUGCUUUCCUGACACCAUUGGAGUUCACAAGGCUGCCAUAGAGAAAGUAAAAGAAGGAGAUAAACUAGUGGCCACCAGUAAAAUCAACACAUCAGAUAAAGUCACCAUGGCUAAACGCGCCAGCACGAUGUCAUACGCAUUGCAAGCGGAGAUGAACCACUUCCAUAGCAACCGCAUCUAUGACUACAACAGGGUGAUGCAGCAGUACUUGGAGCAACAAGUGAAAUUCUAUGAGAUGAUCGCCGAGAAACUACGACAUGCUCACAGUCAAUUCACUACAAUGUAAAUGAGGACUGACUGCCCACAAACUGCCUCACUUUCUUCAAUGCUCUGUUCCUCUUACAUUAUUUCUGUCGCUCUUUUUCUAUUCCUGUUAUUAGUGUCAUUAUAUCACAUGUGCCAUAUAAAGAUCCUGUCAGUCUCAGGCCAAAGAGAGUGUCUUAAGAGGAAGCUCGAAAAACGUCUUGUGCGAGACCCGGCAGGCAAAAGCUCAGUGUUUUUUACUAAAGCAGCUACAAAUUCUCUUUAAAGAAUAAGAUAAUGUCAGGGGCUUUAACUAUAAUAAUUAUAUGGGGUUGAUUUACAAAUUAAUUUUCUUGAAUGGAUGUUCCACAGUCUCUCUUCUAUUAGUCAAUUGUGUCUCUGUCUGUUGUUGCGGUUUAAGAUAAAUAUGAGCAAUUAAUUAUCAUAAAUAAUUGCCUUUUUUGUUUUGUUCAAGCCUUUGCUCUGCAAUUAAUUUUUCUUGUAUUCCAUUCAAAAACAUUUAAACAUCCUUUAAACAAGAUAAAUUUACUUGAGAAACAAAAUUGCAAAAUACAUCAUUGUCAAUUUUCUUCCUGUUUUAAGCAUAACCCUUUAUUUGUUUUUUAUUUAUUUGCCAAUAGGAUAGAAAAAUAAACUUUAUUCAAGAAAUAUUCUCAAACAAAUUUUUAAUAUCGUAUGCAAUCCUGCUUCUCAAGUAAUUUGACUUGUUUCAUGACUGUUUAGAUAUUUGUACUGGAAAACAAGACAAAAAUACUUAAGAAAAUUAUAUUUUGCAGCACGAACUAUGAGGCCAAGCCUAGUUUCACUGUGCCUUGAUUUGUAUGUUUGCAAGAACCUGCAACAAAAACAUUUUACCCACUGCACUUUACUAUAAUCUCUCAAAUGCAUUAUCCUGUUUGUAGUUUGUUAGUGACAAAACAACACAUUGGAGAUGGCUGGUCCUAUUUCCAUAUUGCAGGUGUAAUGUACAUUACACAGUCUUCCCAAAGUCAAAUUACAAACAGAUCUUGCUUUGCUUUGUCACAAAACCUGAUGCUUACACCUCGGUGCCAUUAUCACAUUUAUUUUCUUGUAAGAAUGAAAUUAUAUUCUAAUGCAUGUUCUCCAAUGUCUGUAUAUUUUUAUGUAUAGCAGUGUUUGCAAGAUUUUGCACACAGAUUGACAAACAUUUUGAAAUUGUGAUUUAAUAAAUUCUGAUUUGUACUCUU